GAGCCUUCCAUCUGCUAAUCCUUGACAGUGAAAACUUCAGUGCUGCCCUACAGGCUACACGAGAAGGAAAGGUGUUAUUUUGAGUGACUACCACAGUGAGAAAAACUCAGAAGCCAAGUCUAAAAUGGAUUAAUAUGAACAGUUUCAAAGUUACAGUGUCAUUGCCCUAAGUCAAUGAAAGAUUAUCUUCUUGGAUAAGCUUUUAAUAAACCUGUAGCCGUUUGUAUGGAUAACUACACCAGCGAUGAGAACACAGACGAGGACGUGGACACCCAGCUCAUCAUUCAGCAGAGUCUACAGGAUGUCUACAAGCUGAGGACACACGUACCUGAGGAGACCAGCUUCCAUGCCUCUUUGAGUGCUGAAUAUAAGAAGAUAGUUGAAACAAUAGAGACAGGCGAGGAAGAUGAGCUGUCACACUUAACCGAGUUCCAUUCUGCUUUUGAUGAAGCAGAUGAGUUAGGCUGGAUUCCUCUGCAUAAAGCCGCAGUUCAAUUAAAUAAGAACAUUUUAGAAAUAACCAUGAAAGCUUCAAAACCCAGUACAUGGGAGCAAACUACCCACAAUGGGGAAACACCACUCUUUUUGGCUGUCAGCAAUUGCCUCUUAGAAAAUGUCAGCUUUCUUCUUCUCAAUGGCUGCAAUCCGAAUACUAAGAAUUACGAAGGCAGUUCUCCUCUCCUCACAGCUGUCGUGCGGGACUCGUAUGACAUGGCCAGCCUGCUGAUCAGACACGGAGCCAGCGUCAAUCUGCGCUGUGCCAACGAGAGGACGGCUCUCCACGAAGCAGCCAAGCUGGGCAGACAGGACAUGGUGAAGCUUGUGCUGGGCUCGGGGGCGUGCCCCGACCCUCGGAGCGCCUACGGAUUCACUCCUCUUGCUCUCGCCGCCCAAAAUGGACACACCAAAAUCAUGGAGCUAUUACUCCAGAAAGGUGCUAACGCUCACAGUCAGGCCUCUGAUUCUUCUUCCAUCUUACUUGAAGCUGCUAGAGGAGGAAAUCCAGACGCUGUGACUCUCUUGCUCGAGUAUGGAGCUAAUGCCAACAUCCCUAAGAUUUCAGGCCACCUGCCCAUUCACGUGGCAGCUGACAGAGGUCACUUAUUAGCUCUGAAGAUGUUAGUUCCAGUUACGGACCGUGCUGCCAUUAAGCAGAGUGGAAUCAGUCCGGUGCACUGCGCAGCAGCAGGCGCGCACCCCCAAUGCCUGGAGCUUCUUAUCCAGGCUGGAUUUGAUGUGAACUUCAUGCUCAGCCAGAGAAUUCGUAAGCACUAUGACGACCAAAGGAAGUCAGCUCUGUAUUUUGCUGUAUCAAAUGGUGACCUCUCUUCAGUUAAACUGCUUCUGAAUGCUGGCGCUCUGCCUAACCAAGACCCUGUCAACUGCCUGCAGAUAGCUCUGAGGAUGGGCAACUACCAGCUCAUAAGUCUCCUGCUGAGGCACGGGGCCAACGUCAAUUACUUCUGCAGAGUGAACCCCUUGCACUUCCCAUCGGCACUGCAGUACACAUUGAAAGAUGAAGUCAUGCUCAGGAUGCUGUUGAAUUAUGGGUAUGACACAGAGCGAUGUUUUGAUUGUCCUCAUGCGGACAAAGUUCAGCCUUUAUAUGCUUUUGAAGGCUGGACAUCUACAGUUAUUAAAGAUACUAUGUUCUGUGAGGUGAUAACGUUAUCGUGGCUGCAACAUCUGUCUGGAAAGGUUGUUCGAGUGAUGCUUGAUUACGUCGAUCAAGUUCGGAUCUGUUCGAAACUGAAAGCCGUGCUCCAGAAACAGGGGCUCUGGCCAGAAAUACAUUUCAUCCUGACAAACCCUCGCUCUCUGAAACAUCUGUGCCGCCUCAAGAUCCGCAAGUGCAUGGGUCGUUUACAUUUGCGCUGCCCUGUUUUCAUGUCGUUUCUCCCGCUACCCAAUCGUCUUAAAGAAUAUAUCCUUUACAAAGAGUAUGACCUUUAUGGACAAGGAAUUUUUACAGGAACCUGGUGAUCAAACUAUGCCAGAGGAAAAGUCGCUCUCUUCUGACUGGCUACUGCUAAGGACAACAAACUGCCCUUCACUGCUGGCUUGGUUUGGUCUACUGGAAGCGGCUAUCAAC